AUGGACGGACCUCCAUCGCUUACGUCGGUGGUGGUGAGACCUGACUCAUCGUUUGAGGAUAUAGAUCAGCCCAUCGAGAUCCAUGAUGAUGGUGUUCAAGCGGUCUCCAUUGGAGCUAUGGCGCGGGUCCAAAGAACACAAGAUCAGCUCACCCACACCUUUUAUAACAGCAACAACCAAGCGCCCUCUAUGGGGCUUAUGGUACACGGUAGAGGUGAUUCUCAACCCGCCGGUGAUUAUUUGAGUUACAAUGCGCCACCUUCAUACACUGAUCUAGCUCCCCGUCAUAAAUCUCAUGAAGGUCUCCUUGGAAAGUCCCUUACCCGCAUGCUCUCGUCUGCCAUCUCUAUAAUCUGGCGUCGCAACAAGAGCAAUGUGUCAUCAAAGAACAAAUCUCCAAGCUUUGAAGAAGAAAGUCUAUCUCCAAGCUUUGAAGAAGAAAGGCCAUCUACAAGCUUUGAAAAAAUAAAUCUCUCAUAUUCUGGGCCAUCUGUUUUCUCCUACUUGGAGCUUAAAGAUGCCACCAAAAAUUUCAGCCCUUCUCACAAACUAGGGGCUGGCGGUUUUGGAGCCGUCUACUAUGGUGAGAACUUAACGAACUUGUUCUUGUUCUAGGUUCUUUGGAAUUAUAAACAUGGUUUGUAGGUGGUCUUUUUAUACCAUUUUUGUUUCAAAAUGAUGCGCUCCUUCAACUAGAGGAUGUGAACAGUACCAUAUAGUCAUCAUUUUUUUUAUAUAUAUUUAC